GUCAGGUUGCCGCAAUCUUAAAGCCAUUUGUUUGCUCAUGGCGCUGAGCAUGUUGCAGCAUGCAGCAGGCAGACGCAGCGUCGUCAGCAGGCCACAGUGGACAAGAGCGUGUUUGGCAAGCCCCCUUUGCAAGGCGCCAGUACGCCUGACAGCUCCCACUGCACGACGGGCGACAAGAGAGGCUGAUGUCCAGUCCAUGGACACGCCCGCAUCGUUCCCACUGUGGCCAGUGGCAACCCGCCUUUUCGCCAUGCGCAAAGCGGUGAGAUCGCAGAAGGAGGCAAAGGCGAGGAUGGAAAGAAACCUGGCCAAAGCCAGAAAGGUCAAAGAGGCCGAAGCCAGCGAGGCCAACGCAGGUGACGAAGAUGACAUGGAGGAUGAGGAGACCGAGCCGGAGCUUGACAAGCUGGAAGAGGAGCUGGAUGAGGAGGACGUGGAUGAAGAUCUGGAAGAAGCAGAGAUGAAAGCUGCAGUGGCCGCUGGUAGCGUAGAGGGCCGGGGCUUUCUUUGGGAGACCGACUUGGACAAAGCCCUCCGGGAUGCGGCCACGGCGAUGCCGGAAGCCACGGUGGGGCUCAAGGAUUCCGGCAAGUGGUUGGAUCGGAAUGGGGUGCUGGAGACUGUGCUCCAGAGGCAGCCCGGCAGGUCAUGGCAGUGGAAGGUGGGUCCUGAGCCGCUGGCCAUGGAGGACUGCCCGAAUCCGGACGGCAGCUUUGUGGCGACGCUGGCUCACGGCCUGGAGAGCGUUGUGGAGCUGCGUGGCAGGGUGGUGCCUUUGGCGAGUCUUCCCAAGAAGCAGCGCCGCGACCUGCGGAUCAUUGCGCAGCCGGAGGAGGUGGACUGGAGCGCUCUGCCCCCCUUCGUGCCUGCGUUCCAAGACCAACGCCUGCAGGAGCUGGCAAGAAGAGAGGGCUGCAAAUUCUUCUCAAGCACCUCCUCGCUGACAGGUAUCCUAUCGCGGUGCUACUUCACCAUCUCGCAACACCGCGGGUUUGAUUUGGACGGCCUCAGCACCAUCUUCAAAGACAGGCCGCCAACCUUCAGCCCCAGCACGCGGUGGGCAACAGUGUCCUAUGUGCGCCGGAACAACGCUGGGGACGCCUGGUCGCUGACAAACGCAUCAGAUGAUGACAGCGACGCCAACGUGCUCAUGGAAUUGGGCAAGACCAUGGAGUACCAGCUGACAAGUCCCAAGGAGGAGUUCGACGCAAGGUUUUUGAAAAGCGACACCAGCUCCUCUUCUAGCCCUGCCAGCCCUGGUGACUUGCAUAAGGAGGACCUGGCGUACCGCUUCCUGAGAGUAGGCGACAUCAUGAUGCGCUCACAACUGGAUGCCGUGCACCGGGGAGAGAUUUUCGAUGUGAAGACUCGAGCCGUCUUUGACGUGAGGCAUGAUGUCAUGAACUAUGAGGACAAGCGGAAGUAUCGCAUUACGCACAUGCUGGGUCGAGGAAAGAGCUUCGAACUGGAAAUCUAUGAAAUGAUGCGAAAUGCUUUCAUGAAGUACAGUUUCCAGGCCAGGAUCGGGCGCAUGGAUGGUGUCAUUGUCGCCUACCACAACACUGUGGAGAUCUUCGGCUUCCAGUACAUCCCUUUGGCAGACAUGGAGCGCUGCAUAUACGGCGGCACAGAAGCUGCUUCAGUGGCCUUUGACCUUUGCGUGCAGAUGCUUCAGAAGAUCUUGCAGUUUCUCACGGAGGAUUCAGAGCUUGCAGCCACGGGCAACAUCAAGCUCAGAGUCCUGUCCGACCAGGAGGCGAACCGUUGCCAGGGCAACACGCUCGACAUAGCUGCAGCAGCUGUUUUGGAGGAAGCAAAGGAAGGAGAGGAAGGAGAGGAAGGAGAGGAAGCUGAGUCAGAGAAGCUCGGGCAGGUACGUCACUUCCGCAUCUCCUCGGAGACCUUCCACGGAGAUGGGAGCUUGCGAGAGCGCUCAGAGGCACUGAGGGCUGGAGACUACGUGCAUUUCACUGUCAACGAGAUUAUGGUGACAGAUUUCUGUGAGCAGCAAGGUGUGGCAGCUGAAGCAGGCCCAGCAGAGAAAGCAGAGAAGGAAGUCGGGGCUUCGAGCAGCGCCAAGACGCCAUGGCAGCAGCUGCAAGACUUCCUGGGCGGCGUGUUUUCCUGGGGAGAAAGGAUCCGCAUUUGGCAUGCGCCCCAUGGGUAUGAGACACCGUGAUUGUGGGAGUGGCAGUCGAGUCAUAUGUGUGG